AGAUUGAUCGCUCGAGUAAGUUGCUUUCUCAAGUGUGCGGGUUAAAUAUUGUAUAGAAACAAUGGCGCCAAUGAAAGCAAGGACUAGAAGACAUUUGGAGAGUGAGGUCAUCGGAGAGGACGAAGAAAAUCGUUUGACGAGAGCACUGUUUGGCAUCGACUAUAGUCAUUCCAACAAAGCUGAAAUGGACUGUGACAAGCGCGACAUCUCUGCAGUUGAAAGAGCGCAGAAAUGUGUCUGGCAUGAUAGUGAUGACGAUGACUGCACUGAUGGAAAUUUUCAAGAUUUGAAACAGAAUCUUGUUUCUCCUCCAAAAAAGAACAAAUACCAAAAUCAUCUUCGGAAGAUGUUUGAGCGAUUUUACGGCUACGGUACGCCGAAAUGGGCAAGGCAUACUUCAGCUGAAAAGCAAUCAAAGGAGGGCAACGAAUUGGAAGUUGAAUUUGACGAAACAGUGAGCAAGCUGACUGGAAGCACCCAAAGAUACUUGGAUAUGGACUGGCUUCUUGUGAAGGGAAUUAUUGCAUAUACUCGUUGUCCAGACGUCACUCUUGGCCAUCAUGACAAUAGGUCCAUCAACGCUCUUCUUUUUCAUAAAGUAAGGCCUGUUGUCCUGACAGCUGGAGAUUCUGGCAAAAUACAGCUGUUCCGGGUUGAUGAAAGAUUGGCUAAUGGCAACUUCUUGCAAAAUGUUCAGUUUUCUGAUUUUCCCAUAACGAGUACGGGUUUCACACAAAAUGGUGACGCUGUCAUCUGCGGAUCCAGACGACAGAGAUAUUUGAUGAAUUAUCACCUUGAACAAGGUUCCGUCAUGCAGCUAAAUCUCCCUAAAAGUGUCUCAAAUCAGUGUCCUGCACACUUCACUAUAUCUAAUGAUGGUUCUUUGCUCGCAAUGAUCGCUCAAAGCUCCCAAGUCCUUGUUUUUUCUUUGCCAACAAUGGAACUUGUGAAGAGGCUGUCAGCUCCUUCAGAAGUCUCAUCGUUGCAGUUUUCUUCAGAUUCGAACCAAGAGAUUUGGGCAUUGACAGAAAGAGGCGAAGUCAUUAUCUGGAAUUUCCACGGUUUUCAACAUAUGUUUCGCGAUGAAGGAGCAGUACAUGGGACGAAAAUCAGGCUGAGCUACGAUGGCAUGAAAGUUGCUUGUGGAUCGAAUACUGGCAUCGUUAAUGUGUACGAUGUGGCAGAUGUCCGUGGUAACGGUCACCCAAAGCCGUGCACAGUCGCUUCGAAUCUGACCACAUCCUGCGAUUCCAUCUCUUUCAGCCACGACUCGCAGAUAAUGGCUUUUAGCAGUAGAGCAAAGGUCAAACCGAACAAAUGCUUAUCCAAAUAA